AUGCCGGAUGUAUCAAAGGAAUUACCAAAUCCGAUCACAAUAUCAACCAUUUCCAAUGGAUCCUCUGAUAAUUCGCUUGUUCCUGUAAAAUUCGAGCUAAGUUUCGAAUGUAACGAUGAAGCAAUCGAUACGAAUAACCUUUUAUACAAUGAUUACUUUCGAGAAGAAUCGGAUGAAACAUUUAAUUUUUAUGAAUUAUUAAUGAGAAUACAUUAUCCAUUCAAGAAAACUCGGGCAUUAUCACAAUUGGAAAAGUUUAAAAAUUAUUGGGAAAAUUAUUCAUUUUAUGCAAUAUGGCGUAAGAAAUUUAUUGAAGAUCAUAGCUGUCAAGAGCAGGAUUUAUGGAAGGAG